AUGUUGUCGAAUGGUUCUGGACAGAAAGCACUGUUGUUCUUGGAUACAUUGCCAAUGAUUCCCGACGAUUUCAUGUUUUUGUUGCUAACAGACUUCAACAGAUUCGUGAUCACACAGAACCAUAUCAGUGGAACUAUAUCAGUUCAGCAGAGAAUCCAGCAGACAUGGCAUCACGUGGUGUUACAGCUGAUGAGUUACGAAAGAGGAAAGAAUGGUUCAGAGGACCCAAGUUUCUAUGGGAGUCCAAUUUACCAUUUACUGACCAUCCAUUUGGAAUGUUUUUCUGAUUGGACCCAGGCAAAGAGACUCAUAGCGAACUGUUUUCAGUUCAAGUCAUUACUUAAGAAGGACGCUUGUCAGAAGGGAACAGAUGCAGUGCUUUGCAAGGAGCAAGGAUUGCCAGUAGCAUUAUUAGAGAAAGCAGAAUUGACUAUUGUCAGAUUAGUUCAGAAAGAGGCUUUUAGUGAAGAAUUGAAACUUCUUAACAGCACCAAGGAAUGUGAGGAAGUUAACAGGAAGAAAUCCGUUCGAAAGACAUCCUCUCUUUACCGACUUGACCCAUUUCUGGAUGAUAAUGAUGUUUUGCGAGUCGGAGGUCGUUUGCGGAAGGGAGAAUAUACGUCUUAUGUUAAGCAUCCAAUCAUUCUACCAAGGAAGUCACAUAUUACAAGGCUUAUCAUCAGACACUUUCAUGAACGCAGCAGACACCAAGGACGAAGUAUUACCACGAAUGAGAUAAGAUCAAAUGGUUAUUGGAUUAUUGGCUGCAGUUCUGCUGUGUAUAGUGUCAUUUCGAGAUGUGUGAAAUGUCGUAAACGUCGCAGCCAAACACAGGAUCAGAAAAUGAGCGACCUACCUGCUGACAGACUUGCAGCAGAGGCACCCUUUACAUACAGUGGUGUAGACUUUUUUGGACCAUUCUACAUCAAAGAAGGGAGAAGAGAGUUGAAGAGAUAUGGAGUUCUCUUUACAUGUAUGUCUUCGAGAGCCGUGCAUCUAGAAACUGCAAACUCUCUCGACACUAGUUCAUUUAUCAACGCUCUGCGCAGAUUUCUAGCGAUACGUGGACCAGUAAGACAACUGAGAUCAGAUAGAGGCACAAACUUUGUCGGGGCUGAGAGAGAACUCAGAGAAUCUUUGGAAGAAUUAGAUGAUAGUCGUUUGAAGCAGUUUCUCACAGCUGACGGAUGUGAUUAUAUCCAUUUCAAAAUGAACGUUCCAUCAGCGAGUCAUAUGGGCGGAAUUUGGGAAAGGCAGAUCAGGACAGUUCGCAAUGUGCUUUCUUCCCUCUUACAGGAUUUUAGUGCGCAGUUAGACGAUGAGGCUCUUAGAACCUUUUUCUGUGAGACUAUGGCUAUUGUCAACAGUCGCCCACUUUCCAUUUCGAACUUGCAUGAUCCAUUUGCACCUGAACCUAUCACACCGAACCACCUUCUGACCAUGAAGUCUAAGGUUGUCUUACCACCACCUGGUGAGUUCCAGAAGCCUGAUUUGUAUUGCCGUAAGAGAUGGCGCCGCAUACAAUACUUGGCCAAUGAAUUCUGGAUACGUUGGAGAAAGGAAUUCCUUCAGACCCUCCAGACGCGUACAAAGUGGUCCUCGCCCAGACGGAAUAUCAAGACAGGAGAUGUUGUGUUAGUGAAGGAUGAUAACUUACCACGAAAUCAAUGGCAUCUUGGCCGUGUCAUAGAGACAUAUGCAAGUGAGGAUGGAUUUGUCCGGAGUGUAAAGUUAGCUAUCGGAGACAGCAGUUUGGACUGGACAUGA